AUUUUCCCGGGAAAAAUGAAAAUGUAAACUCCUGAUAACAAUUUAACUGUUUAAUGGGAAUUCCUAUGAUAAAAUAACAUUAUCACUUAUUGAAACUGAAAAAAAAGUGGUAAAAUUCUGAAUUGCACUUGUCUUACAUGUAUGUUCGCUACCCAUAAUGGAAUUCUCCAAAGAGCAUAAAGAUUUUUUAUCACAUUAUCAAAGUUUGGUGCUUGACCAGAAGUUAGAAAAUGGAACUGCCAGUGCAAAAGCUGAAUUACUGAGGAAGACGAUGGCACAUCUUCAAUAUGCUAAACUCUCAGGAUUGGUUGGUGAGAAUGCUGUAGACAGUGUGAAGAGACAAUAUGAAGACAUGUACAUAAAUAUUGUAGAUUCCUUUGAUGAACAUACAGGCUUAAACAAUUAUGCUGAAGGGGCUCUAGCACUGUGUAGUGGAAACAAAAAUGAGAGCCAGAAUUGGAAAAGUUCUUUAACAUUAGAUAAAAUCAAAUCAUUGCCCUAUAUAAAGAAUGCAAUGAAAAAUUCACAGGAGUCUACGCAUCGGAUGGUACCUGGUCAAAGGUUGUCAGAACCAUUACCACAAAGUAAAAAAGAGAACCAGCCUCCAAAUCUUCCAUUUCAAAAUAUGUCAGUGCCACAAAAUGUUUCCCUGCCACAAAAUGCCUCAAAAUUUAAAUUCCAAAGUGUGAGAAAAGGAGCAGAGGCAAAUUCUACAGAGAGAGUGAUGAAUUUGUAUCAGAAUUCAGGUAGUGAUAAUCAACAAAGUUUUCCUAUAAGACCUAGUGAACAAAGUGUACCUCAAGUACCACAGAAUAAUUUCUUCAAUAAAAUACCUAAUGAGAGACAGAAAAACCAAAACAUGGAAGACAAUAACUUGAGAGGAAGUAGACAACCAUUGUUUUCAACUGGAGCUAGGAAUCAGGCUUCUAAUCAAUAUGGAUCUGGUCAAGGGAAUCAGUAUCAACCUAAUGUGGGGAACCAGUACGGACCAAAUCAAGGGAACCAGUAUGGGCUUAAUCAGGGGAACCGUAACCGAGAGUAUGGAUCAAAGAGAGGUUAUAAUGAGACAGUAGAGACAGGUGAAGAUGAUGAUGAGAGAGUUAGUAAAUCUACCAAUGCCUUCAGGACAGCAAAACAACAAAUGGAUAUAGACAACCAGAGAAAGUAUGGUGGUGGAGGACAGACUCGUGGUUCUGUAAAUACAUCUUCAUAUGGUACAGGGAAAAAAUCACUUGGGACAAGAAGAGGUUUAAACAGCAAGUUUGUGCCACCUGUGAUGAGUAAAGAUGGAGAUGACUUUGGGAAUCAAACAGCAAAUACAAUAACAAGAGCUGUGUUGAAGACAGGUGGAAGUGAAGGUGGAGCAGGGGGCGGGGCUAAUAUAGAAGAUUUAGAUGAUGAAAGGUUGAAGGGUAUAGAACCUAAAAUGGUGGAACUGAUCAUGAAUGAGAUAAUGGACAAUGGUCCACCAAUGACCUGGGAUGACGUGGCAGGACUGGAGUUUGCUAAGAAAACAAUCAAAGAAAUAGUAGUGUGGCCUAUGCUUAGACCGGAUAUAUUCACUGGUUUAAGAGGUCCCCCAAAAGGUUUGUUACUGUUUGGUCCCCCUGGUACUGGGAAAACAUUAAUAGGAAAGUGUAUAGCUAGUCAGUCCAAGUCAACAUUCUUCUGUAUAAGUGCUUCAUCCCUGACUUCAAAAUGGGUCGGGGAAGGAGAGAAGAUGGUUCGAGCCUUGUUUGCCGUGGCACGUUCCCGUCAACCUGCGGUUGUGUUUAUAGACGAGAUAGACUCACUACUUACACAGAGAACAGAUGGUGAAAAUGAAGCAUCAAGGAGAAUUAAAACAGAAUUUCUUGUUCAACUAGAUGGUGCUUCAACUAGUUCUGAGGAUAGAUUAUUGGUGAUUGGUGCUACAAACAGGCCACAGGAGAUUGAUGAAGCAGCAAGGCGUCGGUUUGUAAAGAGAUUAUAUAUCCCACUACCAGAAUAUCCUGCGAGGAGAACUAUUAUAACAAAUCUACUACGUCAACAAUCAUACAACCUGACAGAUGAACAGCUAGAUACAAUAUGUGCCAGAACUGAUGGAUUUUCUGGAGCAGACAUGGCCACAUUGUGUAGAGAGGCUGCCCUAGGUCCUAUAAGAGAUAUGUCAUUUAGUGAUAUAGAAAAUAUAUCUGCUGAUCAGGUGAGACCGAUAGCUAGUCAAGAUUUUGAGGAAGCUUUACAGAAUGUCAAGCCGUCGGUUUCUGAUAAAGAUCUCGACAUUUAUAUAGAGUGGAAUAAUACAUUUGGCAGUGGACACAGAUGAUAUCAUGUUAAUAUAUUCUUGUUAGUGUACCAUAAUAUUAAAACAUUCUAUAAAAAUUAAAAAUGCUGUCCGUAAAAUAACAGAACUUACCUUAAUGGUCAGUUUAUGGUUUUUCUCAGGUAAACUUGAAAACUAAAUGUUGCUAUACACUUUAAUAUUCUUUCAGAAAUUAUUGUUAUGAAUAAAAUAAAAAAAACUAA